AUGGCGUUUCUGAGAAGUUUCUUGGGUGGUAAGCAAAUUAUGCGGAGAGAAUCAUCUUCGACACCAAGAGGAUUCAUGGCAGUUUAUGUUGGGGAGAAUGAUCAGAAGAAGAAGAGAUACGUUGUACCGGUUUCAUACUUGAACCAGCCUUUGUUUCAAGAACUGUUGAGUAAAUCGGAGCAAGAGUUUGGGUUUGAUCAUCCUAUGGGCGGCUUAACCAUACCAUGUCAUGAAUCUUUGUUCUUCACCGUCACAUCUCAGAUUCGAUGA